CACAUGUUCGUGCAUCUUACUUCACGAAGUAUCUGACAACAAAACUAGUUUUAGAAAAUUAAACAAUGGCUCAUUUGUUAGGUAGUCAGGACUGUAUCGACAGUCUUCGCAGAGAUCUUAUUGAUUUACAGGGAGCGCUUCUGGACGUAUUUUCCAAGACUGGACCGGUCCGUUUUCCAUCGUGGAAGUUUCCCGAUAAACUAUCAUGUAACCUGGACUUAGUGAGGCUUUUAGAAGAGUAUGAUUAUGUGGAUGGCGAUGAAGAAUUCAGUCAGCACUCGCAUAUAGUCCUGCAAGAGUUGCUGAUUGACAGGUAA